GAACCAGCUCAUAUAGCUAGUUCUCAAUGUUCUUGUCGGCCGGCCGGAACUUUGUUCGCAAUAUUAGCAGUUAUCGCUAUCUGACUACAACGUGCGCUAGAAUGGCGAGCGAAGUGGACAAAGCACAAACUGCCACCAAAGGUGAAGAUACAAUUUUUGGCAAGAUUUUGCGCAAGGAAAUUCCAUGCAAGUUCAUUUACGAAGAUGAGAAGUGUGUGGCCUUCAAUGAUGUCAAUCCACAGGCUCCAACGCAUUUUCUAGUGAUACCACGUCAGCCAUUGGCGCAAUUAAGUCUGGCUGAAGAUGGCGAUGCCGAGCUACUGGGUCAUCUUCUCGUCGUUGGCAAGAAAGUGGCCAAAGAUUUGGGCCUGGAGAAGGGUUAUCGUGUGGUUAUAAAUAAUGGCCAAGAUGGCGCUCAAUCUGUUUACCAUUUGCAUUUGCAUUUCCUUGGUGGUCGUCAAAUGCAAUGGCCACCGGGCUAAUUUAAACCAAAUUCGUUUGAAGAGGAAAUAUAUAAAGAAGUGUA